AUGCCUGGGAAACAAGAAAGGCCCGAGAAGACGAUGUCGUCUCCAAAUUUUGAUGAAGGUAAGCGCAAUGACAGAACGACAGACGACAAGUUAGAGCGGUUUCAGACGACUAGUCGAGAUGUCCGCACUGAGAAGAAACUUGGGACGUGUGAGAAGCGAGCUCUGUGCGACGAAGACGUACGGACCACUAUCCCAGAUACAUGUGGCUCUCCAUAUGAUCCAGCAGUCACGUCGCCUCACAAGACAAGCUGGCGUGAGCCCGACGGACGCAGUACAACCAAACCCAAGGCUUGUUAUGCCAAAUCCAGGAGCGCCAUCGUUGAAGAGCCUUCAGGCGACGAUUGUUGCCGGAAGUCGGACAGCUCCACCUCAAGACCGAAGAGAGGAAGCGAUGUCGGUCCUGAUGUUGAGAAAGCCUUGCAUGAAAUCCGCGGCGUCGGCAACCUUCACACCAGCUUGGUAUUGUCGCAGGCGCAAUUUGAUCUCGAUGAGCAAGCCUGCCAGGUUGAUGAACUUGUCAAAGCCGUCGAAAGGGCGACCGGGUUCUCUUGCCAGCGCUCGAGCAGUACCGGGCAGUCUCUGGACGUGAUGGUCGAUGGCGAUGCAAAGGCCUUUGUUGAGCACAAGUAUCCAGUCGGGAUUACCUUGAUCAGCGUCCUCGGUCCUCACGAAAUCCGCGUGACUUUUGAUCCGAAUGUCAUCGGAGCACGAGCGAUUCUUGAGACUGCCUUUGGAAGCGUACUAGAGCUUUCUGCACAUCGGGCAAGUUCUAACCUUGAGACGGGACAGAAACACAUUCGCCUUGCCGGCCAAUUAUACGUCAGCGAUCUGAAAGCGCUGGUGUUUACAAGAGUAAUGGAGAUGGAUCUCCUCCUUGUGCUCAGCACCACGACCGCCUACCUUUGCUCGGUCCUCUCUUUCGUGUUCGAGGCUGGCGGCCGCCCGUUCCCUGUGGGAGACUUCUUCGAGACGAGCACAUUGCUGGUCACGUUGAUCAUGCUUGGCCGAUUAGUCAGCGCUUUCGCCAGGCAAAGAGCAGUGGAAACUGUUUCUGUCCGAUCACUCCAACACCACAGGGCGGUAAUGUGCGAUCGAGACGGUGGCAACCCACGGGAAAUAGAUGCGCGCCUCCUGCAAUAUGGCGAUCUUCUUAGUGUGGGACCUGACUCGCGAAUCACGACUGACGGCGCCGUUGUCACGGGCGUAACCGAAGUGGAUGAAAGUAUGGUGACGGGAGAGGCCCUGCCUGUCGAGAAGCGUCCCGGCGCACCAGUUAUCGCCGGCUCUAUCAAUGGAUCUGGCGUCAUAAUCAUUCGCCUCACGAGGCUACCCGGAGACAAUACUAUCAGCACGAUCGCAGCGAUGGUAGACGAGGCCAAGUUCGUAAAGGCAAGAACGCAGGAACUAGUUGAUCUCGUUGCGAGCUGGUUCGUGCCCAUCAUCCUCAUCCUUGUCGCGGUGACUUUCUUGGUCUGGAUCGCCAUAGGAAUCGCCAUUCACCACCAAGGCGCGGGCACUUCGAUCGUCCACGCGAUCACUUACGGCAUAUCCGUGCUUAUCGUUUCCUGCCCGUGUGCCAUUGGCCUCUGCGUCCCAAUGGUCAUUCUGGUUGGCGGCGGCGUGGCUGCGAAGCACGGAAUCAUCGUCAAGUCGGCUACUGCUUUCGAGAAAGGCCGCAGAGUCUCACAUGUGGUCUUCGACAAGACCGGCACUCUUACGGAAGGCAAACUCCAGGUCGUGAAUGAGGCCAUCCUGGCGCCGGAGGAACAAAUCGCCUGGUCUGUCACACUUGGCCUGGUGAGUAUCAGCAAGCACCCUGUCUCGGCGGCUAUCAAGUCUCACCUAGAAGCCAAAGUCGUUCGAGCCGCGGUUCUGAAAGACGUGCGAUCGAUUGCUGGCAAAGGGAUCGAAGGCACUUACAGCGGCACUCAAGUGCGCUGUGGCAAGUCUCGCUUUCUAUCUCUUGAAGAGGUGUCGGAAGUCCAACGUCUUCUCCGAAAAGGCUUGACGGUCUUCUGCGUCACCAUUAAGCACAACCCUAUGUGCAUCUUCGGCCUGUCAGACCGUGUGCGUCCCGAGACCAAUCUCGUCCUAGCGGAGCUUAAGAAUCGCCAGAUCGCCAUCUCGAUCCUCAGCGGUGACGACGCAGCCUGCUCGCCGCCCAACUUGAGCUACCUUAAGGAUCUCGCAAGGGGAAAGCGUGACCGCAUUGUUUUCUGCGGCGAUGGCACGAACGACGCCGUCGCGCUUGCUCUGGCCGACAUUGGCGUUCACAUGAGCAAUGGCAGUGAAAUCGCGCAGACGGCUGCGGAUGUUGUGCUCCUGCGACCUUCCCUCAUUGGCUUGCUUGUGCUGCUAGACCUCUCGCAUGCGGCGAUGCGCCGCGUGUACCUCAACUUCGCAUGGUCGUUCGUUUACAAUCUGUUUGCGAUACUACUGGCUGGGGGAGCUUUCAUACACGCACGUAUCGCGCCGCAGUAUGCUGGGCUUGGGGAGAUUGUCAGUGUGCUACCUGUCAUUCUAGUGGCGUUGCAGUUGAGGUUCUUCACGAAACGAUAUAGCUUAGGGCUGGACUGA